AUGCAUCAAUCCCCCGCCGAUGACAUUCGGCCCGCUCCCGCCGCUGUCACGGCUUAUUCCAGACAUCUGCAAUUCAGUGAGGACCGAGGCGGCCGUUGGUCCUCAGGCAACAGCACGAUCGUCUCCCUAAACCAGUCCCAUGAUGGUGACAAGAUGACUGUAAUGGCUAGGAUAGCUCGUCAUCUCCAGGCUGAUAUUGAUCUCGCUUAUGCUGAUCUACCACUAAUCGUCUGCGGCUUCGUGAGUGGCCUGGUAGAUGGCCUAUCCUUCAAUGCCUGGGGUAGCUUCUCUAGCAUGCAAACUGGAAACACCGUCUUCAUUGCCCUUGGGGCCUCAGGGCAACCCAAAUACCCAGCCUAUCUGUGGGCCAAAUCCCUCAUUGCGCUUUGCACCUUCAUUGUCAGCAACAUCCUCUUCAUCCAAGCUUCUCGACUGCUCGGCCCACCCCGCCGCCGCUCCUCCCUCAUGCUUUCCUUCGCCGUCCAGUCCGUCUGCCUCUUGGUCGCCGCCCUCCUCGUGGAGCGCAAGAUCGUCUCACCGCGACCGGAGGACCCUCGCGCCCCAAUUCAAUGGAUGCAGAUCAUCCCUAUCUCUUUCCUGGCUUUCCAGGCGGGCGGGCAGGUCUGUGCAACUCGCAUCUUGGAGUUUGACGAAAUUCCCACCGUGGUGCUGACCAGCCUGCUGUGUGAUCUCCUCGUCGACCCUAACCUGUUCGCCCGGAAGAACCCCAAGCGAGACCGUCGGAUCGGGGCCUUUGUAGCCUUAUUUCUGGGCGCUAUGACCGCUGGCGGUCUUUCCAAGGUCGCUCGCCUGGCGAGCAGCUUAUGGUUUGCCUUUGGGUUGAAGGUCAUGGUUACCGGGGCAUGGAUGGUUUGGAAGACAAAAGGGAGCGGGAGGGUGGGGAAGGGUGGAGCAAGUAUCGUUUGA